UUAAAAAAAAAAAAAAAAAAAAAAAAAAAUCCGAUGGCUCUAAGGGAGGUUGAAGAGGAAGUUGAAAGGGUUGUCGAAGAGGCUAAAGAGUUGCAUGAUUCGGCUGCUUCUCUUAUUAAUCGAACAUCGGGUGAAGAACAAUCUUUAAGACAGCGUGCUCUUUCUUUGGAUUCUAAUAUUCGCCGCUUGCGUUCUUUACUUCAUUCCAACAAUUUUGAUUCCAAGUUGGUUGACAAGCUCGAAGAAGAUUUACAGAGAGCUACAUGUUUGAUAUAUGAUGGCGAUGCUUCUGCUUUCCUUCCAACCAAAGCAGAGGGUGGUUUUCUUAGAAUGUUUAUUGGUCCAAUUAAUGUUCGAGCCUCCCGCAAAGAUGUCCAAUUGAAGGUUAAAGAGGAGUACAACGCUUACAGGGAUAGGACUGCCCUUCUUUUUCUUCUAUUUCCCUCCACGCUUCUUAUAUUAAGAUCCUGGAUCUGGGAUGGAUGCUUGCCUGCAUUUCCUGUUCAACUCUAUCAGGCAUGGCUCUUGUUCCUCUAUACUGGUUUGGCUUUGCGAGAGAACAUUUUGAGACUCAAUGGAAGUGACAUUCGCCCCUGGUGGGUUUACCAUCAUUACUGUGCUAUGCUUAUGGCCCUUGUUAGUCUCACGUGGGAGAUUAAAGGACAGCCAAAUUGUGCACAAAAGCAGAGAGGGGUUCAACUUUUCCUUCAAUGGGCUAUGAUGCAAGGAGUUUCCAUGCUUCUCCAAAACAGAUAUCAACGCCAGAGACUCUAUACUCGUAUUGCAUUGGGAAAGGCCAAGAGAAUGGAUGUUGUUUGGGGAGAAACAGCUGGUGUAGAUGGCCAACUAUGGCUCUUGUGUCCAAUGCUUUUCAUUUUGCAGGGUUUUGAGGCAUAUGUUGGAUUACUGCUGCUUAGGACUGCAUUGGAUGGGGUCGUAUCUGAAUGGCAGGUAAUUUUUUGUGGGGUCCUUUUGGUUGUAAUGGCAGUUGGGAACUUCAUAAAUACAGUACAGACGCUCAUGGCAAAGUCCAGGUUUAAAGCAAAAAUGAAAAGAAGUAAGAGCAAGCAGGAGUUGUAGAGCAUCCCUAAGUUUUAGGUUAAAUCUUACCAGAGCUAUUGUAGGAUCUCAGUUUUGGAAUUGGGUUUCAAAGAUGUUUUCACUUUUAACUUACUUUUUACCUUAUAUGAAUACAUGUUUAAAUAUUUGUGCCACAACAUGAAGUGACCCUAAGAGCAUAAAAUCAACUGGCCAUGAUCAAUAUGGCACUAUUCCAAUAUCAUGCAGUCCUCUUAGGUGCAGUUUGAAGUGGAGAGCCUUUCAAAUUUCUUAAAUUGUGCCAAAAGAAACCAAAUUGUUGAAUAUUUAGUUGAGUUUCUUUGAUUUUUAUUGUUUUUUUA